AUGGCAUUCAGAUUCGUUGUUCUAACUUGCUUGGUGGCGGCCGCCAGCGCUGGUUUCAUCCCGGCAGCUCCUCUCACGUACGCCGCGCCCGCAUACCACGGCGCGCCCGUGGCCUACGCCGCUGCUCCCGUCGCCAAGCUGACCUACUCCGCCCCCGUCGCAAAGCUCGCUUACUCUGCACCAGUCGCCAAGGUCGCCGUUGAGGAAUACGACGCACACCCUCAGUACAGCUUCUCAUACGACGUUCAGGAUGGUCUGACCGGAGACUCCAAGUCACAACACGAAAGCCGUGACGGCGAUGUUGUUCAGGGCUCAUACUCGGUCGUCGAACCCGACGGCACCAAGCGUACGGUCGACUACACCGCUGACCCGCACAACGGAUUCAACGCUGUCGUUCACAAGGAGCCUGCCGCUGUGAAGGUCGCAGCUGUUGCCAAGGUUGCUGCUCCGGUCACCUACCACGCCGCCCCCGUCGCCUACCAUGCAGCUCCCGUCGUCCACGCCGCUCCCGUAGCUUACUCCGCCCCCAUCUACCAUCAUUGA